AGAAACUGGUUUUCACGAGUCGCCUGGGGAAGAAAGUAACGCCGACAUUGAGCACCUUUUUCCCUUUCAGGUUUUUUUUUCAAUUCUUCCUUGGUUCGUCGACUUCGGCAUGCACCGCACCUGGGCUGCUUUCCAUGUGACGGCGAAGACCGUCCUCGUACGCAGCCCCGCCUGUUGCGUCGCGCAGCGUUGGUGCAGCAGCAGCGGCAGCAGCAGCAGCGAGAGCCCGAGCCACCCAACGAGGACGGACGCUGCGGCCGUGAAUCCCUUCGCCUCUUCCGUCGCCAAGACGCUGCGUGAGAAGGUCUUCUCGAAGGACUUUGCGGCCAUGAAGGUCGCCACCCCGAAGGAGGAGGAGCUGCUCAAGAAAUGGCGCACCGGGGACGGCACGCCGGAGCAGUCACCGCGGCAGCCCGAGACGCCCGGCACGGCCGACCCGUCCGACGUGGAGCCGCAGAUGGCAGAGGGCUCGCGCGAUGUGGCCGGGACGUACGGGCAGAGCUUUCGCGACACACGCCCGAUGGACCCCAACGAGGGUGUCGAGGUGAAGCGGCGUCGCCUGAUUUACCAGUCGCGCUACCGGGGAAUGGUCGAGAUGGACCUCAUCUUUGGCCAUUUCGCCCGUUGCAAACUGCGGACCCUCGACGCGGCGAUGCUGGACGAGUACGACACCUUGCUGAAGCAACUCGACAGCGACCUUUUUCGCUGGUUGGUGAUGAAUACCGAUGCCCCAGCGGAGGUGCAGGGGCUGAGGUGCUUUAAGGAGCUGCGCAAGUUCAUCGAGGAGGAGCGUGCCGAAUUGCUCGGCCCGAACUAA